CAAUCCCCAUUGGACCAUUAAUGGUUUUAAAGGCGGCAAAAAAGAAAUAAACCCCAUAAAUUAACAAUAAAAUUCAACACAUUUCCUCUAAAAAUAUAUUCAAUCAAAUCAAAUAAACCUAAAAAAACCAUUCUUUUCUUCCUCAUUCUGCAUCCUUCAACUGCCGUGAAGCGGCGAAAUCAGGUGGUGUUACCCUUACAAAAAUUCAAACCCCCAAUUUUCAAAAAUUUCCAUGGAAAUUACAAUUUUUGCAGCUUCAAUUUCAACACUAGGAUUCAGGUCUUUCAGAUAGUAGUUUGAUCUGAGGGGGAGUUUUCGGGGGAAAUGGAAGAGCUUGGUCAGCUAAAACGAGCUCUGAUUGAUUCGUCAGCUGGAGCUAUUUCUGGUGCUAUUUCUCGCACUGUUACAUCACCCCUGGAUGUCAUUAAGAUCAGGUUUCAGGUCCAACUGGAACCAACAACUUCAUGGGCUUUACUUCACAGAAACAUGUAUGGGCGAUCCAAGUACACUGGAAUGUUACAGGCAGCUAAAGACAUUUUAAGAGAAGAAGGCCUACCGGGUUUUUGGCGUGGGAAUGUCCCAGCUCUCCUCAUGGUAAUGCCAUAUACAUCCAUACAAUUCACGGUUUUGCACAAGUUUAAGACAUAUAUGUCUGGCUCUUCCAAGGCAGAAGACCACAUUCAUUUGAGUCCUUACUUGUCCUACAUCAGCGGCGCCAUUGCAGGAUGUGCCGCCACUGUUGGAUCAUAUCCGUUUGAUCUUGUACGCACCAUAUUGGCUUCACAGGGUGAGCCAAAGGUGUACCCCAACAUGAGGUCUGCAUUUGUAGGUCUUUUUGAUACACGUGGCUUGAGGGGAUUGUAUGCUGGUUUGUCACCUACACUAGUUGAAAUAAUACCCUACGCAGGCCUUCAGUUUGGCACUUAUGACACUUUCAAGCGUUGGUCUAUGGCCUGGAAUCAAAUUCGAUAUUCUGGAGAAAAUGGCACCAGCGACAAUAACCUUUCAAGCUUCCAGCUUUUCAUCUGUGGAUUAGCAGCUGGUACAUGUGCUAAGGCUGUCUGCCACCCUUUGGAUGUCAUCAAGAAGAGAUUCCAGAUUGAAGGACUGCAAAGGGAUAUACGAUAUGGAGCAAGAGUGGAGCAAGGUGCCUACAAGAACAUGUAUGAUGCACUCUUGCGAAUUUUGCAAGCAGAAGGGUGGGCUGGUCUCUAUAAAGGCAUUGUUCCUUCCAUUGUGAAAGCGGCACCUGCAGGUGCUGUAACCUUUGUGGCGUAUGAAUUUUCGUCUGAGUGGUUAGAGUCCAUUGUAACAAGAAGCUAAUCUAUUUUCCAUCCCCUCUUUUAUUCCUUAAAGGUUUCUCUCUUUUUUGCUUUUUUCCUCUGGUUAUUUUACUUUCAGCUUAUAGUGUUCAAUUCUUUACCAUUUAGGAGACCCUAAAAAGAUGAAAGGGUCUAUCUCUCAUACCCUUUACCAAUUCUUUCGUCUUACCCCAUAAUUUGGGAUUUGGAUUCCCUGCAAAGUGAAAUUGUGCGAUGUUCCAAUAUAGUGUUAGAUGGCUUCCACAUAUACGAGGCUUGUUCGGUGUGGAAGCCAUGUAAUGCCCGUUAUUCAGGCAUUGCAAGAAUUGUUGCGACUGCAGAAGAUUCUAAUCCUGUUGUAAGUGGCAGGUAUUGGGAUCGGAAGGAGAGCAUAAAAAUGAAGAAUUUGAGGCUUUACUAGGCAAUGUAGCCACUUUGGACUGCUGUCCUAGCAGUAACUGUAUAAUUGUUGUGGCAAUAAGCUUAUAAAGUAUUCUUGAUUGAUGA